CUUUUCUGCUGUUGUGGCCAGAAAUAAACCAUAAAUACCCCCCUUCCUCCGCUCUUCAAUGGCUCACCCCACCAAACACCAAGUGGCAUCAAAACAGGAGAACACUACCAUCAACACAGAAGACUUAUCCAGAAUACACACAGUGAACCAGUAGCAUGUCGGAGCAGCAAGGCGCACCUGAGCAGCUGGCUGCAGGGAAGAGCCAGGGUGGAGCAGGAGCCAUUUACAAGGUGGUGCUGUUUGAGUUUGAGAAUUUCCAGGGCCAAAAGGCAGAGUUUUCUGCCGAGUGUAAAGAUGUGUCAGAGAAGGGCCUUGAGAAGGUUGGCUCUUUGCUGGUUGAGUCUGGGCCAUGGGUGGGCUAUGACCGCCAGGGGUUUACAGGCGAGCAGUUUAUCCUGGAGAAGGGCGAGUAUCCACGCUGGGACACCUGGACCAACAGCCAGUACAGCUACUCCUUCUGGUCCAUGCGGCCCCUCAAAGUGGACGGCGCUGACCACAAGCUCCAUCUGUUUGAGAACCCAGGCUUCACCGGCAGAAAGAUGGAGAUAGUUGAUGACGACGUGCCCAGUUUGUGGGGGCAUGGUUUCCAAGACCGCGUAGCCAGUGUCAAGGCUCUCAACGGAACAUGGGUGGGCUACAUGUACCCAGGCUACAGGGGGCGCCAGUAUGUCUUCGAGCACGGAGACUUCAAGCACUGGAACGAUUGGGAGGCCGCCGCCCCCCAGAUCCAGUCUGUCCGGCGCGUGCGUGACAUGCAGUGGCACAAGAGGGGCUGUUUCAUCGUCCCUGCCCCAGCCCCUGCCCCAGCCCCUGCCCCUGCUCCUGCCCCUGCCCCAGCCCCCGCACCCCCGGCACCCCCUGCUGCGGCCGGCGCCAGCUGAAGAGAUCCACAAGCCCCACCAGAGCCUCUCCCAGGCCGCGCCCAGCGCCCACCCUCUCCCUAACCAUGGCAAAUGCUGCUCCUGCCUAGUGAGAAGUGCUAUGUAUGUUUCAGUGGUGAAUAAACUUGUUUGACCAGGAACUGGA